UCCCGACAUCUCGGAUUGCAAACAACCUCAGACAUGGGUCCUCAUCGCCAAUACCUCCAAGCGGCUGCCGUGAUGGCCCUGGUGUGUGUAGUGACAGCAGGAGGCGGCGCAGGCAGAAGGGUCGUGGGGCGCAGCGGCGGCGUCAGCGUCAGCAGCGUGGUCCCCGCUGUCCUCGUAGCCCAGGCCACCGAGUCCACCCGCCCUAUCUCCUUCAGAUCCGGGUCCUCUGGAAGGAACAUGGCCAACCCGGUAGCGCCGGCUUUGGCCCUGGCUUCGGCUCUGGCCCGGCUGGAAGGACUAGCUUUAGCCAUGGGUUAGUUGGAAACACCGGCUUUGUUGGGGCUUCCAGCUUUGGCUCUGGAGUAGGCGGCAGUGCCAACUUUGGCUUUGGCCAUGCUGGUGGGGCGAACUUUGCCACUGUUCCUGUUGGUGGUGCCAGCUUCCGUUCUGGAUCCGCUGGCGGUGCCAACUUUGGCUUUGGACAUGGUCACCCCAACUUUGCAUCGGGCGCCAACUUUGCAUCGGGCGCUAAUUUUGGCUUCGGAGCUGGCCAAGCCGUCAAUAGCCUCGGCAAAUUCAGACACUCCAACUUUGGCCCCGGUCAGCCUGGCUUCGGCUUCGGUUCCUCUGGCAACUUCGGCGCUGUGAACAACUACGGACAUCAGCAAGCACGAACCCGUUCCUUCGGUUACCACUGAUCAGCGUCCAGGCAACCGAGAUGUAAAA